UUGUUAUCCUUCGUAUCGGCCAUUCCUUUCAGCGUGCAUCUCUAGCCGCAGUGUAGGUUUCUCUUGUUGCUGUUUUAGGAGGCUUGGUCGCAGCCAUGUCUCACAGGAAGUUCGAGCACCCUCGUCACGGGUCCUUGGGGUUUUUGCCCCGCAAGAGGGCUUCACGCUCCCGCGGGAAGGUGAAGACCUUUCCCAAGGAUGAUCCCGUCAAGAAGCCCCACUUGACCUCUUUCCUUGGCUACAAGGCCGGCAUGACUCACAUUGUUCGCGAGGUGGAAAAGCCCGGAUCCAAGCUGCACAAGAAGGAGACAUGCGAGGCCGUCACCAUCGUCGAGACGCCACCCAUCAUCGUCGUAGGGUUGGUGGCUUACAUCAAGACUCCUCGCGGGUUGAGGUCGUUGAACACGGUGUGGGCUCAGCACCUGAGCGACGAGGUGAAGAGGAGGUUCUACAAGAACUGGUACAAGUCGAAGAAGAAAGCCUUCUCUAAGUACAGCAAACGGUAUGAAUCUGAGGAGGGCAAGAGGGACUUGCAGUCUGAGUUGGAGAGGAUGAAGAAAUACGCUAGCGUGAUUCGUGUCCUUGCCCAUACACAGGUACGCAAGCUCAAGGGUAUUAAGCAGAAGAAGGCUCAUUUAGCAGAGAUUCAGGUUAAUGGAGGUACCAUAGCCGAGAAAGUAGACUUCGGAUACAACCUGUUCGAGAAGCCCGUGCCUGUGGACGCCGUUUUCAACAAGGACGAGAUGAUUGACAUCAUCGGUGUCACACGCGGUCAUGGAUACGAGGGUGUGGUUACCAGGUGGGGAGUUACACGUCUUCCCAGGAAGACUCACAGGGGUUUGAGGAAGGUUGCUUGUAUUGGGGCCUGGCAUCCAGCCCGUGUGUCAUUUACUGUCGCCAGAGCUGGACAAAACGGAUACCACCACCGCACAGAGAUGAACAAGAAGGUGUACAAGGUAGGAAAGUCCGCUGACAAGGAGUCAUUCUCUGCUUCUACCGAGUUCGACGUGACCGAAAAGGAGAUAACUCCUAUGGGAGGCUUUGCCCACUACGGUAUUGUUCGUGAAGAUUACCUUAUGAUCAAGGGUGGUGUGAUGGGUCCCAAGAAGAGGGUUAUUACUCUGCGUCAGUCUUUGUACAAACAGGUGUCUCGUAGCGCCUUGGAGGAUAUCAAGCUCAAGUUCAUCGAUACCUCCUCCAAAUUCGGGCACGGACGUUUCCAAACAUCCCUUGAGAAGGCGAAGGUGUACGGUAAGGUUAAGGCAUCAGCAUAAGAGUGAUGAAGUUAUAGGGGUACAUUCUGUGCUGAUGAGGGUAGUGCCGUUGUAACUGUCAUAUCCUUUGUAGCCUUUUUGCCAUUGCUGAGGAGCAUGCAUCUUAUCUCUAAGUUGCUCCCCGAAGCUUUAAUACACAUCAAGUUAUGACCAUUUCACA